AUGGAGCCCGACCUUGAAGCUACCGCGGAAGCCCCUCGCGCAAAUGCAGCGGUGCGUAUUUUUCAACAACGUGAUGAUUCUGCCGACGAUAUUGAGCGCGAGGCUGUGAAAAGCUCGCAAUCUCUUCAGUCCGAGGGUAUUCGUCGUCGAAAUACUGAUCAGUAUGGUGGUGCUGUAAGAGAGAGCACAACAUCCUCAGCUGACACGGAGAGAACCUUGACCCAAGAGAAAUUAAGGAAAAGCAAGGAUACGCCUAGCCACGAUGAGUUAAUGGAGAAUUUGAAGAAAGACUAUAUCUGGGAGGAUUUCGAAAACUGGUAUUCCGAAGCUUGCUCGUUUUCAAGGAACCCACAAAGACUUCGCGAUCUUCCGUGCAUUCCACGAAAACCACAUUCGGACAAUAAGGACCUUGCAGCAUUGAACACACCGGCGUUCUAUAGAUUGAAGGGGCACUUACAUGAACAAGAGAGGGAAGAAAUUGUAUCUGACGAUAAUGAGAGCCAGUAUCGUACAUGGACCAAAGAUACACUCAUGUCUCUAUUAGAAACCAAACAAAAGCAAUAUGAUGAGGUAUUGCUGGCAUAUGCCAAAAUCAAUGCCCUCCACCGCCCCCUAAAACGAUGUUAUGAUUCGGUUUUCCAUUGGAUAUUGAAUAUCAGGCCCCUCGGCGUUAGUCGUCUCAAUGGCAACGAGGCAGAGGAAUUCAUGUAUCAUCAUAAUGACUUCAUCUCUUUAAACAACAGAGAGAGAGACAACCCUUUCAAAGAAGUGCUUGGCAGCCAUCUUUUCAAGUAUCCUGGGUCGCCUCUAAAGCAAUUUCUCAAGACAAAAGGCGAUGAACAAACAUCAUAUUACGAUGAAGAAUUGCAGUUGGGCUUGGCCCAGAUUCUGUCGCUCAUUGUCCUAACCAGCAUGCUCAUUGCUCCCAUAUGUCUUUUAUUCUUGCUUGAGCUUUCUCGUGGGCUCGUGGUGUUGGUGGUAUUAGUCUUCACUAUUCUGGUAUAUAUCGUUGUGACUCUUGGAACGCCGGCCAGCCAGUUUGAAGCAUUUGUAGCGACAGUUGCAUAUUGUGCCUUUCUAGUCCAGUUCUUGGGGAACCUUGGACGUGAGAAUUAG